UAAAGUGAUUUGUUAAACAUAACCAGAGUCCAGGGGUCAUCUGUGUGCAUGUGCCGGUAAUUGUGUCCAGAGUAGGCUAAAGCCUAUGUCAUGCACUCCAUGAGUUACCAAGACGCGUGUGAACUUCGAACAUAAGUUAUUAAAUGUUGCAGACUCAUGGUUAGUUACUGGUCACGCUCAGUUUUUCUACAAGUCUUCAAACAAAGAGAGAGCGCCACAUCUAUCGAUUUACCUUUGAAUUAUCAAGACAACGUUUGAGUAAGCUGAUUCAAUCAAGCUGGAACAGGGGUAAGGGGAAGUUCGAGGAAAAUGCACGUGGUGAUCAGACGCUUCCGGCCCAGCGAUGGAGAUGCCAUCAGAGUUCUGUUUCGUGACGGGAUUGAGGAGCACAUCAACCCCACCUUCACCCAUGCUAUGAGCCAGCCACUCUACGUGGGGCUCUCCUUGCUCCUGUGUGUGGGGGGAUACCUGCUGGGUGGCUGGGUCCUCGCCGCCUGCACGGGUGGGGCCUGGCUCGCACUGGUGUAUUAUUGCAGCUAUGAGCUGUAUGCAGGAUAUGUCAAGGCGAGACUACGCACAGACAUGCGAGACAUCCAGCGCAGCUACCUCAGCGAUCCUGACAACAGCUUCUUUGUGGCGGAGGCAGAGGUGGACGGGCGGUCCGAGUGCAUGGGCAUGGUGGCGGUGGCGGGUAAAACGGAGCCGGGUAGUGGACAGCGGUACGGCGAGCUGUUCCGCAUGAAUGUGUCAUCGGCGUGUCGCCGCGAGGGCCUCGGAUACCGACUGGCCCAGACCGCCAUCGACUUCUGCAAGGAGCGUGGCUUCUCCAAAGUUGCCCUGGAAACCACCUCCACGCAGAGGGCUGCGGUGGCGCUGUACGAGAAAAUGGGCUUCACACUCACACACACUCACACCACCACAGAGUCACCGCAGUGGGUCACCAACCUCACCAGGGUCACCAUUCUGAGGAUGGAGAAACCCCUGUGACCUCAUGGCCAGCAGGCAGUGAUUUGGCAAACAGCAUUGAGCCUACCUUCACGACUGGACUAGAUGGACGAGCUAGUUCAAAGGAAAUCGUCUCAGCUGUGUUUAAAUGUAGAUGUCUGUUUACCAGAUGUUUUCCUUGUGCCAGUACUUAGAGAUGUGCCACAUUGUACUGUCCAUAAUAUACCAGUAGAAUCCCUCCCUGUGGUAAGAAUUUGUCAUCCUGAAAUAUUAUCAACAGGAUGAUAAUGGGUGGCUCACAUUUGGACCAGUACCAGUAGAAUUCCUCCCUAUUGUAAGAAUGUCAUAAUGCAGUAUCCUGAGUCGUAGUUAAGAUGGAGCCCAUACAUCCAGAAAUGAUCCUUCUGUCAUGUUGCAGGCAGUUGACAUUUGAACAUACUUCCUCAAGUUGAUUAAUCUAGGCAGAGGUGGCUUGACAAGUCCUUGUUGGAGAAAGAGUUUAAAGGUACCAUGAAAAAUCAUACUUUGCCAUGUUAAUAAUAAAGUGUUGAAACACCUUGAAAGAUGUUAUUGCAAUUCACAAUGAUCCUUAUACUGGAUACCACCUGUGAUGGAAAUGUAUGGCCUCCACCAUGAUGUAAUUAUGUCAGUAUCAAAAAACGUACAUUGACUCAAAACAAAAGCUAAUCAGACUUUAAAUCUAUCAAUGAACUCAAUGAUGCCUGUAGAACGUGCCACCUACAAAGUGCUAUACAAAAGUGAAAGAAAAUGCUUUCUAUUCUAACAAUUUUUUUUGUGUUGAGCAAUGAAACAUAUUGUAGAUGUGCGAAUGACUUCCUGACUUACUUAAUACAUUUGUAAAAGGAUCAAAGUACAUUUUAAUUUCUUAGAUUAACAAAAAUGUUUUAAUAAGACAUAAUCAAAACCUUUCAUAAGCCUGACUAUAGACAAAACCAAUGUCACUAAUAUGCCUAGAUUAACAAAAAUGUUUUAAUAUGACAUAAUCAAAACCUUUCAUGAGCCUGACUCUAGUAUAGACAUAACCAAUGUCACUAAUAUGCCUACCUCAUUCUUUAUUCUAUUUGUAAGGGGUCAUGUCCAAUAUAUAUGCUGCUCAUUUGCAUAUAUAGUAUAUGCAGAUGUUCUGAAACUGGUGCCAUCUCAUAGGACAGCCUCAGGGGGGUUGACAUCAGCCUUCAGCACAGAAUCAUAUUGCUAUAUAACUGAGUGAUAUGUCAGAAAUUAAACAAUGAUGUUAAUAGAGAAGAUUGUCACUGUCACAAAUUGCCUUCUCAAAUUAGUUCGUUUUUUUCUGUAUUCCAAGUUUGAAUUGAUUGAUUGGUUGACUAUCACAACGAUUUGAUAUGAAACUAUAUGAUACUAUGAAAAGUACUUUCAGAUGACCGAUGCUGUGAUUUUGCACUGUAUAAAUAAAACUGAACUGAGAUUAAAAUGCAA